CAAAGUGUUCCGUGCCCAACACCACCACCCCCUAUAACGCUGUGAAAUGCUGUGAUUGAUUGCAAACUAGCAAACAUUUAGUGAUAGAGUAUGAAGUAAAAACAAAACAACAACGCAUCCCAUACAAAGGCGAUGACUGACUGUGAUCAACUGGUAGAAAUACCUCCCAAAGACUGGAUAGAGCUAAAACAUCUGUUUCAACGCGAUUGGCCGGAGCACGAGUUUGCCUACUAUCUAUUGGGAAAUUACAUAUGCUGGAAGUCCAAGCACCAUGAGCCAUUGAACGUAAAAUGCUACUUCUUAAAUGGCAACUGGAGAGUAGACGGAACAUUUGCACUGAAGGAUGGCUUCGAGAUCUAUUUUUAUUCAGCAGCUCAAGACGAUAACUGCACUACGUUGAUCAGACUGCUGUCUCAAAUAGAAUGGGAAUCCUACCACGAAAUCAGUAUGGACUAUCUUGAGAAGUACCAUCCAGCGGUGGAGCGAAUUAUCGGCGACAGGGGUCUUACGGUGGCGAGUAGUAAUUUAGCUACUUAUUAUUUCAUGUCUAAAGAACAAGCGCUUGCACUGUCCUCGCCAGCUAUCCCUGCUGGGUUCGUGUUUGAAAGGUUACAGUUGAAGGAUUUGGACUACAUCUACGCACAGUGGCCGCUACGCAAUCACAUAAGCUACGAGGCAGGAUAUGGGCUGCUGAAACGGUUGAUACAGUUGAAUGCAAAUGUUGGUUUGUUCAACGACAAGGGUGUGCUUGUUUCGUGGUGCUUAACCGAUCAAACCGGUGCUCAUUCUGAUCUACAAACUAUGCCCGAACAUUGCCGGCACGGAUACGGACGAAUGGUUGUGGUGGAGCUGGCGAAGAGAUUAGCUUGUGUGGGAUCGGAUUCCAAAGCGUACGUUUUGCAUGACAAUCAUAAAUCGAUCAAAUUGUUCGAUAGCGUUGGAUUUGCGAAGAUACAAAAUCUCCGUUGGGUGGUGGUGAAUCCAAAAGGAAAAAAAAAACUAUAAGCAAAUGAGAUGUUAUAUUAAACCGUCCUGGGUUAUAAGUACGAAAUUUUACAAUAUUAUUUCACUAUUCACUACAUUAAAAAUGUGUAUGCAUUUGAUCUUGAAAACAAAGUCGUAGACAAUCUAUACUGUGAACCAAUAACAGUAUACAGGUAGUCCCCGAGAUACGCAGUACCUGCUAUACUCGAAAUCAGAGGUACUCGAUUUGACAGUUCGUUGCGCAAAUUGUACUGAUUUGACACAUCAAUUGUCGAAUGCAAACUAAAUUCUCAUUCGGUCGUAUUUCAAAAAUCGUUCAAAAAUAUUGCAAUCCUCGGUCAUACUCAUAUCAAAUAAUCAAAUUAGUGGCUGAAAUUUACCGCCUCAAGCAAACUUGCACGAAAAUUAGCAACAUUUUGCCUGAAAAUCAUUAAAUUCGAGUUAUGUGGUUUCUGCUCGGUCCACAUUAAUAGCGUAUCUCGGGGACAACCCGUGCAACUGCUUUAGUUAUCACACGAAUUGUUGGCAAAUUUGGUGAAACAGUUGAUAAGAUAACUAAAACAGCCCAAUCGCUUGAUAGGAACAUAAACAGGUACGUACCUGUUUAAAGAUUAUUAUUUUGCUUAUUUAUUGCUAUAUUAUUGCAAUGAUGCAACUAAUCAAAUCAAGGAAGAAAAUUUAGAACAAAUAUGUUAAAACUGUGUUUUAGGAAUACAUUAUAAAUGUAUUAUUUAUAAUACAUUUAUACAUAAACUGUACAUAACGAUUAUUAAGAAGGUGAAACGAUUGAUUUCGUGACAUUUUAAUGUAUUACAUGGCAUUGAAUUUGUAUGAGCAAUACUUAAAAGUUCAUCAUUUUAGAUUAAAGAAUAAAAUAUCUCACUUGCACGAAUAAUAAA